UCAGGACCCUCUGCCAUGUUGAAUACACCCAGACAACGAAGGAAUACAAACAGAAGUACACCCAGUUAAUUUCAUUUUUAAUGUAAGAUCAAGUAGUUGAAGAGGAAGCAACUCAUAUUGUAUGUAUGGCUCCCUUUUGUCUCGGUAGAAUGCACCCAAAUGAGUCACUGGUGAAUCUGGUGUAGCUAAUCAAGCCAAAAUAAAACAUGGUUUUGAUAAAUAUAUGGCUGUAAUAAGGAGCUCCUCACAUCGGAUAGAUUUUUUUUCUAUAAAGUAUUUGUAAUUGUAACAUAGAAUGUAAACAGUGAAAUGAAAUCGGGCGACGAAUCUCAGUUAUACAACAAAUGUAUUGAAGGCGAUGUCUUAACAUUUACUUUAAGUGGAAGAGAAACCUAUGGCAUUUACGUAGGAAAUGGUAUGAUUGUUCACUCAGUGAAAAAUGCCAGCAUUGAUACAAACAGACAUAGAUCCAGUCUUUUACGUUAUCUAUUAGGUCCUAAGUGUUACUCGGUUACAUUAGAUAAAAUGGAAGAUUGGUCUCAUAAUACACAAGCUACAAAAAUAGAACUUGGAGUGCCUAUGUCCAGUGUUUUACUCGAAAAGCGAAAAGUAGAAGAUAUAGUUUCAGAGGCCUUGAAAAACGUCAAUACAGAGACUUCUUUGAACAGUUUAGAUUUUGUGAAACAUUGCAUUUCUGCUUGGAGAAUAAAACACAUUGCUGCUGUAGUAACAGUAGUUGUCUACGCAUGCUUAUUAUCUGAAGCAAGAUGUGCAGAUGUACUGAGCUUAUUGUAUGAACAAAAUUAUAACACAAUUCUGCUGGUCAACAUUGUGUUUCUUGCUUUCUGUGUCCUCUUGGCUUAUCGCUAUCAAGUGCCCAAGCAGAUUGAGAGGGCAGCUGAAAUAAAUACCACAUCUAAGCCAGGAACUAACAGUGACAAACUAAUGCUUUGGAACUAUUUGGUUAACUAUUUGGCCAGGUUUUUUGAAACCCUCAACCGUUUAGUAGGCAAAGUGAGAAAUGAUCUUAAUCUGAGCAAAUCCUUACAGUCUAUCUUGUCUGGCUAUGAUGUUGAAAUAUUGCCCUACUCAGGAGAAGGAGAACAAAAAUGUGCAGAAGAAAAAUGUGUUACAGCAGAAAAAGAUGUUGCAGGACAAAAAGUUAUUACAGAAAAAAAAGGUGUCACGGAAGAAAUGGAUUUUUUAAAGUUACGGAAGGAUUGUAAAAAAUAUCCUUUUCAUAACCAAUUCAUUCCAAUUACUUGUUUUACGGAAACCAAUCUACCAGAAGGUUAUCGUGACAAUGAAGUUUGUGAACUUAUUAAAGCUACAGCUGACCUAACAGUUCAAGUUUUGGUAGAUUCUGGCUGUCAUAGUGUAUUUUUAAGUGGGCAGAUAACUGUGUUCAAGUACACUGAUGGACUAGGAAAUAAUUAUGAUCUUGUAACUGGAGAAAAACGCGAGACACAUUUUAAAACUUGUCCUUGCGAAACAUGUCGACAUUCAGACAAACCCAGCAAUGUUUGGUGGGAAAUCUAUGUCCAUACUGUGGCUUAUAUAGUUUUUGAUGAGGACAGGGCAAGUCACGCUACAUGUAAACUGUUUUAUGAUAAAGAAGAUAGUCAAGUGGUCAUUCUUGAUAAGUUUGUCAUUGACAGUGUAGACUUGGAAAGAGACGUAAGUGUGUUGCGAUCUGUGACAUGCGAUGCGGCACUAGGAGAUAGACUUCACAAGAUGAUGAAACAUUACAGUGCUCUCUGGAAGAAAGUUUUAGACAAAUACAGAAAUAUAUCCAAGUUGGUUUACAUUGUCUCACAUCCUCAUGGGUGUACCAAACAGGUCAGUCUCGGCCAGUUGAUAGACAAUUUAAAGAUGUGGUAUUCUAAUGAAAAUAUUGACUUUACCAUGUUGACCUACACUGCAGCCACUUGCCCAGGCAGUGCUGGUGCAGCUGUCCAUUGUAUUGGACUCAAACAUCAACACAUUCACCGUGGAACAAGGACACGCGAUCAUGGUGAUUGUAAUAUGAGUGCAAUUGGCCUUUGUUUUUACUAACAAUUUCCUAAACUAAUUAAAAGUCAUUUUUUUACCUAGUAAUACAUAAAAAUAAUAUUAAAAGGACCACUGCUAUGUUUUUUUUGUUUUUUUUUUAAACUUAAUGCAUCAUUUGCUAUCAUUCCAAGAGUCGAUACUUAUUAAAUAUGGGGGGGGGGGGAUGAAAUUGAGUCAGUCAUGUUCCUUAAGCUGUUGCAGAUCGUAGAGUUGUUGCGGGUCCAUAAGUCGCACUAAGUCAUUAAGUACAUUAUAUCUUUAAAGCCAAUUAUGAGUGAAAUUCAAGUUGAAGCUAAGAAGAUGGAAAAGUUGUAUCAGUAUUAGGUUGUUUAUUUAUUACUUCAGCGGUUGUGAAGUAAUAUGUCAAGUAAUGUUGUAUUAUGAAUCAAUAAAUUAUUAUUUUGAAUGAGUUCAAUAAAA